AUGACCAGCUUUCUCAAAGGUAAAAAAUUUUGGCGCAUUUUCACUGGUGAUAUCCUCGAGCCCGUGCGGGAGGAAACUGAAACAAAAGAAAAAUAUGGUAACCGUCUUGAAGAAUGGGACAACAAAAAUCAUCAGAUUAUCACUUGGUUUUGCAAUACCUCUAUCUCAUCCAUUAGUAUAGAAUUUGGUCGUUUUGAUUCUGCAAAAUCUAUCUGGAAUUUUUUGAAGCACCGUUACACCACCAUUGAUCUCGCCCAUCAAUAUCAACUUCUGACCAAUCUUCACAACAAAACUCAACAGCCUGGUCAAUCUAUUAGUACUUUUGUCUAUGAAAUGCAUGCUAUUUGGGAUCAACUAUCUCUUUCUGAACCCACUUGGUCGUGUGCUUCUGAUGCUACAAAGUUUACUACCUAUCGAGAUGAGCAACGUGUGAUCAUGUUUCUCAUGGCUCUUCAACCUUCAUUUGAACCCGUUCGAGCCUCUCUUCCUCAUCGGCAUCCUCUGCCUACCUUAGAAGAUGCUAUAACCGAGCUUCUUUCAGAAGAAACUCGUCUGAGUACAUCUUAA